AUGCACCCCCCUUUCCCCCAGAUCCGAAGAUUGUUGUUUCUACACACCUUUGUGGGCAGGAUGGAGCACAAACUGGGAACUGGGAGAGACAAAGAGACAGAUCAAAGACGAGACCGAUGUUUUGACAGAAGUGCACAUACACACCUCUGUCCUCUUUGAAGUUAUGGAAAGGUAGCAAACCAAGGAUAGUCCUAGCAGGUCAUUGGCUUUGGAAGCUACAAACCUCGGGACAAGUCACUUUAGUUUGUUGCUCCAGUCUCAUGGUCAUGUAUCUCCCAGAGGAAGGGACUCUGCUGGAUUUACCUUACAAAAUGAAUCAUUUGGCUAAUAACUAUGGAUAUUAUCCACAAGACUGUAAGGAGCUCACUUGCUGGACUCAACAUGGCCUCAAUGGCAGGAUGAACAGUCCUGAAGCUGAACUGACCUCACUGCCAGUUCAUGUAUCACUGCAAGAUCGAGAGCUAUGGGAUAAAUUCAGCAGUAUUGGCACAGAGAUGCUGAUUACUAAAUCUGGCAGGCGGAUGUUUCCCAGCUGCAAAGUAACAGUGACAGGACUGAAUCCAGUAGUCAAGUAUGUGGUGAUAAUGGACAUGGUGCCGUUUGAUAACCACAAGUACAAGUGGAAUAAGGAUCUUUGGGAAGUGAAUGGUUCAGCUGAUCCACACUUACCCAAUCGGUUCUUCAUCCAUCCAGACUCUCCUGCGCCUGGAGAGAAAUGGAUGCAGUAUCCAAUCUCCUUUCACAAGCUCAAGCUGACCAACAACAUCCUCAACUCUAAUGGCCUGGUGGUUCUCCACUCCAUGCACAAAUACCAGCCCCGUCUACACAUAGUCCAAUCUCCAGAGCCCUGUUACCCUCAGAACCCUGGCAGUUACCUGCGCUUCACCUUCCCUGAAGCGGCUUUCAUAGCUGUCACAGCCUACCAGAACCAGGAGAUCACAAAACUCAAGAUUGACAACAACCCCUUUGCCAAAGGCUUUCGUGACAAUGGGCUGAACAGGAAAAGGUUUAGAGACAAAGAGAGCCAAGAGACCAAGGAUUCAGAUGGACAGGCCAAACAGGAUUUGACACCAAUGGGACAGUCACAGAAAGAUGAGGAUGUGACCGUGUCCAGCUCCGUUGACAGCAGAAGAACGCUGAAUUCUUCAGAAGUGGCUUCCUCGGUCCCCCCCAACCCUUUCAUAUCAGCCUUCACAAACACUAGCACUGCUGGAGGACCUUCACCCCAUCAGACACACACCAUUCUCAGCCUCAAUAACAGACACCUGAACAGUCCCAGAGAAGCCAGACCCAGCCUCCACAGUUUGUGUGCAGCUCUGCCCGUGGCCCAGAGCUCCUGCGUCCAGUCCUCCACAGGAGACGGCCACCUCAGCACGCUGCCAUCUCAGAUCAGCAGCCCAGCCUCUCAGACCCCAGGAACAUCCAUCAUCCAGCCUCAGCCUUAUUUUCGGACCCCUCCCCAUCCCUCACGACAAUGUCCUGACAUGGAGCUGCCCCUCCCAAUGCCUCCUAAACUGAGCCGGAUGCAACUCCCCGGAAGUGCUCUGAGGAACCUGGAAAUGAUCCCGGUCUCCGACUAUGUGAGUCCGAGGCCCCUCACCAACAUCCUUAACUGGAUCCAUUCUCGAGCCUUAGCCUCAGGAACAUCAGGGAAGGUCCUGCAAAAUCCCCCCGAACCUGAGCAGUACCUCCGAGGCUCAGACCGAGAGCUGCAUCCGCAGAUUUAUCCAGCGGUUCAAAAAUAUAUUGAUCAGCAGUUCCCAUUAAACAGCCAGACUGAACACAGAUCACAGAUGGACUAUGUCAGUGGCAGACCACUAACUGAAUACUACUGUGACCAGCAGACUGGGAAAUGAGGUUUCCAGGCAUCAUCUAAUUAGGGCUCAUUUGCAGCAGAGACUGCACUGCAUUACUAGAUUACCAAAAAACAAAAAGACAGAGGGCUUCCCAAUCAAAGAAUGUAAAUAUUAUUUUCAGUGGGAUAUGAGGUUGUUGUUAGCUGUCACUAAUGUUGUCCAUAUUUAUGUUUAGUCUGUUACUAUCUUUCUGAACUUUAAACUGUACGGUCUAAACUGCACAAAUCUAAAGCAAUGCAACUUUCUAUUUGUUACACGGAAACAACCAUUUCCUUUAAAGCUGCUUUGAAACUAAAUGCAUUGUAAAAGUGCUGUACAAGUAGAUUUUUUUGUUUUUUUCUAAAUCUGUUUUUAAACAAAAUAAAAGAUUUUUAAUCAGAA